GGGGCAAGACUAGAAGGAUACCAGUACCGUACUGACAGACGCGAACAGGAUCAACUUUGAAACCGCUUUGAAUCCUGUAGCGGCACGGCUUCUGAGUCGAUGGUUCGACCUUUUCGCGUCGCUCAUCCCACCCCGUUUGUCGUUCGAUCGUUACAGCCCUACGACUCGUUCGAUUUGUCUUCCGACCCUUGGCUGACCAAACCCCCCCAGUAUAUCUGGCCUUUCCUCAACCUACGCUCCCUUUAACCUAACCUAUUCUCUGCAUAUCAUACAUUCGCUUUCUCACUUCUCUUAUCCCUCCUUCUAAGGUGUCGAUAGACCGUGCCCUUUCCGCCUAGAGUGUUUUCCCCAGGACUAUUCUCUACUGUUACAUCUUCGCCAUCCGGCAUUUGCGUCCUGCGCAACCUUCGGCGCAGCACACCAAAAAUAAUGCGUGUAAAGCAUCCGCAGCAGCUGUUUGCCGCGCUAAUCAUAUCCGUAUCUACAAUUGUAGAUGCAAAGCGCUCAAUCUGCCCUGUAGGUUAUCACCCCGAUCCCUUUUGCUUUGCACCGGCUUGCUGAUUGUUCCAUCAUUACAGAAUAAGCCUAAUGAGCUGGUACCCGAUGGAUGUGCGUCUUAUUCGACGAUUGAGGAAUUGAACGAGAAGCUUUACCCACUUGUUAACGACAUAACCCAAGAGACGGACUACUUUGGCUAUUACCGGCUCGAUCUUUUUGGCCGAACGUGCCCAUUCUGGUCUGACGACGAAGGAAUGUGCGGCAACAUCGCAUGUGCUGUAACGACAAUUGAUGAGAAGGAUAUCCCCCCAAUAUGGCGAGCGGGAGAGCUUGGAAAGUUGGCGGGUCCUAAAGCGAGUCACCCAGCGACCAGACAGCCGGACGAGCCAUCUCCAUUGGCUGGUGCAUUGGGCGAGGAGACCGAGGAGAGCUGUGUAGUUGAGGAGGACGAAUGCGAUGAGAGGGAUUACUGUCUACCUGAGGAUGAGUCAGCUGGCGGGAAGGGCGAUUACGUCAGUUUGACAGAGAAUCCAGAGAGAUUCACUGGGUACGCGGGAGCUGGUGCGGCGAACGUUUGGAAGGCGAUCUAUAGGGAGAACUGCUUUUCGAAACCACGCGGGGAGAGCUCGCUCGCUUCUGCCGGGGGGGUCAUGGGGGCUGGUGGGAAUGGAUUUCAGGGAUUCGCACCCCCGGGAAGCCAAGCUGCUAUGGGAUUUGUGAAUGUUAUGCAGCACAAAGGGAAGCUCGAUCUUAAUAAUCUGGAGGUUGACGAUGAGUGCCUGGAGAAGCGGGUCUUCCACAGAGUUAUCUCUGGGAUGCACGCCAGUAUUUCGAUGCACCUUUGCUGGGACUACCUUAACCAGUCCACUGGGGAAUGGGUGAGUUAAAUCUUCAAUUCCUAGGGUAAAAAUUGAGCUAACAUCCGACCCCAGUCACCGAAUCUCAGCUGCUUCAUCAGUCGCUUCGAAAACUACCCUGAGCGUCUCCAGAACAUCUAUUUCAACUACGCACUGCUGGCCCGCGCCAUCGGAAAGCUCAGGAAUUAUCUACCGACCUAUACCUUCUGCUCGGGCGACUACUAUCAGAAUCGCAUUACCAAAUCCAAAGUCGUCAAGCUGGCCAAUACCGCCGCUUCCACCGCUCCACAGAUCUUUGACGAGUCGUUGAUGUUUAGAGAUGAAAUGGUUGGACUAAAAGAGGAGUUUAGAAACCGCUUUAGAAAUGUCAGUCGGUUGAUGGACUGCGUCGGAUGUGACAAGUGUCGGCUCUGGGGAAAGGUCCAGACUCAAGGAUACGGAACCGCUUUGAAAAUCCUCUUUGAGUUCGAUGAGAGCAAGAAUGCCGAUGGCAACCCGGUCCUACGGAGAACAGAAAUGGUCGCGCUGUUCAAUACUUUCGGCAGGGUAUCGCACUCAUUGCGCGCACUGGAAGGAUUCAGCCGAAUGCUGAAUGAGAAGGAUGAAGCAGACGGCAAGAAAUCCACGAAGGCCCCGGAAGAGGAGGAGACAAUGCCUCCAAAAGGCGAGCCUAAGGAGAAGGAAAAGAAGAAUGUUGAGAAGACCAAGGAUGCGCCUCGUGCUCUCGAAGAAGAGAAGCGGGAUGAACCCCCCAAAGAUCAAACUUUGGGCGAAGAAUUCUGGCAAGAGGUCGACCUCGUCUGGAAGACAUUCUUGUUUGUCAUCAAGAGCUGGUACAACGUCCCCAGAUACGUGUAAGCCCACACAUCUCUGUUCGAAUUUCGUUAUAGCUGCUAACUCUUCACUAGAUUCAUAAUCGCAUACUCAGAGGUCGCCCAACGAUUCGACAUGCUCAUGGGAAGGCCAGUGCGAGACGGACUAUACACAUGGGCCGACCUGAAUGAUCCCCGAACCGAACUCUAGAACCAAAAGGCGGAAGAGGAAGAAAAGUGAAGGGCAUUGUAUAUACCCGUCCCCCAUUUGGUCACAUAAAUUUCCCCUUUUUUUACUCUUGAUUUUCUCUUAUUUGUAGAGUUCUUUCAUAUCUUCCCUUUCUUCUCUUUCCUUGUUGUAUUUUGUCUGGAGUUUAGGAUUUUAGAUAUUCCCCCACCUUGACACGCUGUUAUAGGAAUAGCACCGCACACAUGCGCACCCACCCGCCCACCGUAAUUUUACGGAAAGCCUUGACGGUUAUUGUUUUUUCCCUGACGUCCGUUCUUUUCUUCUUUUAUUUGAGUAGCCCAGUUUAUACCUUUGCGAAUACCAUUGGGGGCAGUGUAUGUGUGGCAUGUUACUUGUACUGUAGUUGAGGUGGAGAGCCGGGGCAGAUAUUGAGUCUCUCUACGGGCAUCAUACCGCACUCGUGCCGUCUGCCUGAUCACUCUACUAAAAGAUUACUGCACCGUGAUUAUCAUCACGAACCGAGUGAUAACACAUGGCAACCUUUACAAGGCGCGUCGCCCUCCGCCCCCCCUACUAAUGGAGGAGACAGGACAGACUCAAAAGAGCCACAAACAGAAUGAGGACACCCAUCAACAGUACUCGAGUACUGCUACAAGUGAUGACGACGGCGAUAGCCUUAUGCGUUCCGCCACUACCGCACGUUAC